AUGACUGUUGGAGAAUAUGUGGCAAAAUUUGAGAAACUAUUCAAAUUUUCUAAUUAUAUACAGAAUCAACCUAACGAGGAAUGGUGUAGAGACAUUGAAGCAAGCAUGAAAGAAGCUGAGGAGGGAAGAGAGAAAAACAGAGCCUCAAAUCGGAGAAUGAAUGAUGAGAACAACAAAGGGAGGUUUCCACGGGAACAAAACUCGGGAAAUAAUUUUGCUAGCAAUGGAGGGAGGAAGAAUGCGGGUUUACCCCCAAACAGAGAAAUUGAAUUCUCCAUUGACCUAAUACCUGGAUUAUGGACAAUUUCUAUUACACCCUAUAGGAUGUCACCUGUAGAGCCUGUUGAACUAAAGAAACAAUUAGAGGAACUUCUAUCAAAGCAGUUCACCAGACCAAGUGUGUCACCUUGGGGAGCACCAGUGCUGUUAGUCAAGAAAAAGGAUGGAAGCAUGAGAUUAUGUGUAGAUUAUAGGAAACUAAACAAAGCCACCAUUAAAAAUAAAUACCCUUUGCCUAGGAUAGAUGACCUUUUAGAUCAGUUGAGAGGAGCCACGAGGACUAUAAUGCCUAGUCAAAGCUUGUCAGAUAAAUGGUGGAGUAUUACUGUUUACUCUUACGAGGGUCGCAUGGAGUUCUAUAUUAUAGUAGGAAAUCAAGAAGCUGUUGUAAUCUUCUACACUGAAAGCGUUGAGACCUACAUUUAUAGAUUAGAUUAG